AUGGACCAGAGCCGCUUCAUAGUCACCACCUUGGAGCGGGCAGGCAUCCCCUACUGUGUCUUCGGGUGGCCGGUGGCCGACUCCUUCGGGAUGAGCCACACUAUCGUUGACCUCAUCGCCCGGCAGAGCCUCGACUUUGCGGGCUUUGUGAUCCCGGACCGGUACAUUCCCAACGCCUAUGCGGCCCUACGCAACCGCGGGGCACACCCCUGCACCCUCGGCCGCGACUGCGUCUCGGUGAUCGGCUUUCUCAACCCCCCGACGGACAUCGUGCACUGGCACACGCCCAACGAGGAGGCGAUGAUCCGCACCGGCGCCUGGCCCAGGCUCACCGUGCGCAUUUACCGCAAGUCCAUGUACAUGUGGUUGUUCGCGGACCCGCCACUCAACCCUCGCCCCGACGAUCUCUACUACAUGUGGUCCGACCAGGUUCGUACGGGUCGCCGCCACCACCACCGCCAGGGCACCGGCUUCGUCAUGCCCACUCCGGCCUGCUGGACCGAGGCCCUUGUCGUCCUGCACGCGCGCGACUUCGACGAAAAGGAUCGCUACAUGCUGACCCGCCUCUGGCACCGCGAGCUCCUCCGUGUCUGUAUGCAGUUGCUGCAGCCUAUGCGCCAAGGAGCCCACCCGCUGCUCCUGGAAGGCGAGCUGGAUCUGCACCUCGUCGGGGUCAUCAAGGCGAUGCGUGCCGCGCUGAUUGCCGGUGAUCCCGACGCUCACUCCGACCUGGUCGAGGCGGAAAUCCGCAUCGUGCGCGCGCAGCUCCAGAACGAUGAGCCGCCUUGCCCUCCGCCCCAGGGGGUGACCUACGACCAUGAGGCCGAGGUGGCUUGGUGGGAAGAGUGGGUCGCUGACCGUCGCUCGAAUGAUGCCGGGGGUGAUGACCACAUUGUAGGCCCUAGAGUUGAAGAGCUUAGUGAUGACGAUGAAGACGACGACGAUGAGGAAGACGAGGAUGAUGAGGAAGAUGAGUUGUCCGAGGUGGAGUAAGUUUCUCUAUCUUGCCUGAUCCUCAGAAGCCUCGCUGAAGCAAAAACAGCAAACACCAAAAAAAAACCACAUGAGAAUGGAGCACGUUAAGCGUGGCUUCUCGAAAAACACCACAACAUGAACCAAA